UGGGUCCAAGUCAGAGAAGCGAACGCACUCCGGCCCAGAGCCGAACCAACACCCUCCCCUUCAUCCUCCUCCUCCUCCUCCUCCUCCUCUCAGCCCUCUCUCCUCAAACUGUGGAGAGUUUUUGCGCCUCGGCGGAGAUAAAGCUGGUUUGGUUUGAGAAGUUUGACUGUGAGAAAAAGAAAAGGCAGAUUUUCCUGAGAGUUUGCAGAAAGGGAAAAUGGUCCUGCGGGGGGACCAGCCGCCGCUCCAGUGAGAACAUGGGGUUCUUGCUUCUUCAAGGAGGUGGAAGGUGGAGGCUCCGGCAUGUCGCCCUGUUCGUUUUGCUGUGGAUGUUUCUGCACAGGACUGUAAUGGGCUGCAGCUCCAUAAAUUGUAACGUGGUGCUGACUGAGGCCCAGGGAGAGUUCAAGUCACCCUGCUAUCCCCAGAAAUACCCCAACGCUCAGACCUGUAAGUGGACCUUGCAGGCGCCAGCCGGCUUCAUCAUCCAGCUCUCCUUCUUGGAUUUCGAACUGGAAGAGGCGCAGGACUGCAUGUACGACUGGGUCAUGGUGAACACCGGUAACACAGAAUCAAAGUUUUGUGGUCUGACGGCCAGUGGUUUGACACUGAACUCGACAAGGAACGUGAUGGAGAUUUCCUUCCUCUCUGACUUCAGCAUACAGAAGAAGGGGUUCAUGGUUAGCUUCCAGCACGUUGCCGUGGCACUGAGGAACCAGAAGGUGAAAAUCCCAAAUGUUAAUGGACAGGUCGCAGAGGUUGCCAACUCUGUUUCCAUCCCAGCGCUCAGUGAACUGACUAUAUGCUUUGAGGUUGAAAGAGUGGGCUUUAAUCAGAAAGAAUGGCUCUUCACGUACUACGAUACUAACAACAACGUGGCGCUAAGCUUCGGCUACAAUCAGACGGGCAUGCAAAUGGUUAUCGACGGAGUGAUCUGCCCAGUGGAGUCAAUCGUCUCUGCUGCUAACUUCACCUCCUCCAUGAAGCGCUUCUGUGUCCUCUGGACGUCCUCAAAUGGCCGUGUGGCGGUUUACUUCAAUGGGAACUACUUGGGGAAGACCUGCUCGCCCUCUAGUGGCCAUAAUGUAACGGCUGGAGGAGUCUUCCAGUUAGGAGGGGUGCAGAGUUUCAGAGGGAACAUGUACAACUUGCGCCUGUGGAAUCGUGCCAUGACGGUGCAGGAGCUCAACACCAUGACCUGCGACAUGGUGGGAAACAUCAUCGACUGGGACAACAGCCAAUGGACCAUCUCGUCCUCUCUUGCUCAGACCGACAACACGCUUAGCUGCAUCUGCUACCCUCAUUGCACUCACUUAACUGCUGCUGCGCCCACUAGUGGUUCCACCCCAGCUACGGACUGCAACUCAGGCGGACCGAGCUGCACAGCUGCUUCCUCCCCCACCACCUCAUCCACUGACUCCACUAACACCAGCCAUACUACUAAUGCCAUCUCCCACGUCCCCAGUCCCGUCCCUUCAGCCUCCACCCCAACCCCUAGCAUGCCUCUAACCCAAUUCAUCAACACCAACACUAGCAUCAGCAGCACUUUCAGCUCCUCCUCAUCCUCUGCUUCUGCCAGCAUCAACACCAGUGCUGCUACGCCUUCAUCCACCACUGCUGUCAUUGCUUCAACCAGCAGGAUAACAGAUGCUGAGCAGACAACCAGAGUCACAGCAGCUGCUGCAUCUGCUAGCACUAACCAUGCAGCUACUAACAGCACAGCGCUUGAUGGUUUGUUCUACCGGGUUUCCUUCAUGGUGGAGUCUGAGCUGAACCAGCAGGCGCUGCAGCAAGGCAUAGCUGUCUGGCUGAAUGAAACUUUUCAGAAAUGGAGCCAUUCCGUUGAUGUCAGAGUCCAGCAGAGUGAAACCCCGAACAGGUAA